AUGUUUAUCAGAGCAUUUCAUCAACAGUGCACACUCAACAUAAAUCAGUUAACUUUUUUUUGGUAUUCAUUGAAACCUUCAGAAGAACAGAACUUUUGGAGUGAACUUCAAUGUUAUUUGAAACUUGAAAGAUUUAAACCGCAAACUGAAUGGAUGACAAAAAGAAAAUUCACAUCGCAAACAAAAGCAACAUUGUUACAACGCGAUCUUAGACUAAACUAA